CAGCAAGAGCCUGUUUGCCUUUACUAUAUAAAGCAGCAGAGACGUUGACGAGCAGAUAUUUGCCGAGUGAGGACUAUGAGAGCAGCAGCCAUCUCCACGCCAAGGUUAGACAAAAUGCCAGGAAUGUUCUUCUCUGCUAAUCCAAAGGAAUUGAAAGAAACUGAUCAUUCACUUCUAGAUGAUAAAACGCAUAAAAAGAGGCCAAAGACUUUUGGAAUGGAUGUGAAAGCGUACCUGAGAUCUAUGAUCCCACAUCUGGAAUCUGGAAUUAAACCUUCUAAAUCCAAAGACAUCAGACUCUCUGUUAAUGAAGUAAUGCAGUGGUCUCAAUCUCUGGAAAAACUACUUGCAAACCAAAUUGGUCAAGAUGUCUUCGGAAAUUUCCUGAAGUCUGAGUUCAGUGAGGAGAACAUUGAGUUCUGGCUGGCUUGUGAAGACUACAAAAAAACAGAGUCUGAUCUUUUGCAUUGCAAAGCAGAGAAAAUAUAUAAAGUAUUUGUGCAUUCAGAUGCUGCUAAACAAAUCAAUAUUGACUUUCACACUCGAGAAUCUACAGCCAAGAAGAUUAAAACACCAACCCCCACGUGUUUUGAUGAAGCCCAAAAAAUUAUAUAUACUCUUAUGGAAAAGGACUCCUAUCCCAGAUUUCUCAAAUCGAAUAUGUACUUAAAUCUUCUGAAUGAACUUCAGGCGAAUAGUCUAAAGUGAUCAGUUCCUGGCUGGAGAGCAUUGAUGAUUGUAUCAAGGACAGGAAUGUGCCAGUUAUGGCUCCCUGGGUGAACAACCUGGCCCUUUUAAGUGACUUCACAGGCCCAGGAGAAGAACAUACGACUCAAAAUGGAUUAACACGGAAGUUAUCCAGGCUCAGGGUUGAAGGCACAUAAGCAAGAUCAGACCUGAGAGACAGAAGAAGGAAGGAGAUACUGUGGUACUGUCUUAAAAAAAAAAAAAGAGAUGGACAUACCAGAAAAUCCCUCAGAACUGAGAAGGCCGGGUAACUCCAGUUACAUAGAAACUGUGAAUAAAGGUUUUGAAACCGAUUAAAACAUGCUAUAAGCUUCAAGGUCAACUGACAUCUAUGCUACAUCUUAUUAUAUAGAGAUUGUAUUGAGCUGCUGCGAUCUCUUUAACUUGGAUGCAUCUUUGGAAAAUAUGUGUUUGAAACCACCAUUGCUAUCAUUGCUAUUAUUGAUGCUUGCAAGGGUUUUUGGUGUUUUAUAUUUUUUGUUUGUUUUUGGCUUGAAAAAGAUGAAGAAAAGAACAAUGUAUUUAACAUAAGCUAAUGCUCUUAAAACUGGGAAGUCAGAAUUUAUUUGUAAAUUAAAUUAUCACAGUGUCAGUAAUAAAUGAGUUUUGUAUUAAAAAUAUAUAGAAGCAA